CCAUCGCCUUUGGCUAAACCCUUAUACAGUUUCCACGGCAGCAGCAAAAGGUGAGGAGCUGAACUCUGGGCUCUGAAUAGGGACAAAGGACUUCUCCUAGGCUGCCACCAGCAGGAGGUGAGCAAAGAGUGAGCAGUCAGAGUUCAGGGGUGCAGUACCUUGAAAAGAUAUCAUAGCAAGUUUGUGAAAGGCAAUGUCAGGUGUCUGUUUAAGGUACGAUUGCAAGCGUUUCUAGGAACUGCCAUCAGAUCUGUUCAGUGCUUGGCACAGCAGGACACCCUCCAAACACGACAUCUAGUCCUGUGUCUGUCCACAUAGCGGGGCUGAUAUGCAACUUUUGGGGUGACAGUGUAUUCCUCCUUUCUGAAACGCUGCAAGAGGAGUACUCCCAAGAGGCUUAAUACCGUUGUAAAGAUGAAAAGAAACUCUGGAUAUUCCACCAUGGCUAAGCAUCAGAAGCAGGAAGAGAAGCUCCGAGAUGCCGUGAAGAUGACUGCUUGUGUCCUUGGUACAGGCCUGCUCGUAUUCACUGCCUUAGUGAACUCUGUUUCUUGGUAUGUGCAGAAUAUCUGGGACACUUCGGGCUAUUUCUGGCAAUCAGCAUGGCUGAAGUUCUACUACAUGUAUGAGGGAGACGAGUGGACAAUCUUCUUCCUUGGGGCUGCAUUGGUUCCUGCCCUUGCUUUCUGGGGCUUCAAUGGAAUCCUUAUGGUGGCUGAUGUAACAGGAAAGCCAACUUUUAUUACUCGCUAUCGCAUUCAGCUGGGCAAGAAUGAUCCUGUGGACACAAAGAAAUUGCGCCAAGCCAUCUACACAGCCCUGUGCAAUCAGUUCUUAAUCUCCCUGCCCAUGCUUGUGCCCAUGUUCUACAUCAUGAAAUGGUGGGGCAACACCUUCAGCAAGGAACUACCCACCUUCCAGUGGUUUCUUGUGGAGCUAAGCAUCUUUACCUUAAUAGAAGAGAUUCUCUUUUAUUAUUCACACAGACUUGUUCACCUCCCACUCCUGUAUAAGCACAUUCACAAGAAGCACCACGAAUGGACAGCCCCCAUCGGUGUGGUCUCCAUUUAUGCUCACCCAGUAGAACACAUACUCUCCAACACGCUGCCUGUCAUGACUGGCCCGAUGAUUAUGGGGUCUCAUAUUGUUUCAAUCACAGCAUGGUUCUCCCUUGCUCUCAUAACAACAAGCAUUUCACACUGUGGCUACCACCUGCCCUUCCUACCAUCACCGGAGUUCCACGACUUCCACCACCUCAAGUUCAACCAGUGCUAUGGAGUCCUGGGAGUGCUGGAUUACCUGCAUGGAACAGAUACAGUGUUCAGACAAACCAAAGCCUACGAAAGACACAAGGUCCUCCUCAGCCUCACACCGCUCUCGGAAAGCAUCCCUGAGGAACCAAGGAAAGCAGAGUGAACCCAGCAGCCUGUGGUUGUCACAGAGCACAGCGAUAAGCAGAGUGAGAGACAAUGAUAUGCCAAAUAGUAUUUUAAUUGGGAAGCAAGUUAUUGUUCAUGCAUAACAAUACCCGAAGCUGAACAUGCUGCUUGAAAUGACUGCAGUUUUGCUGCCUGUGAUUUUCUACCCAAGGCAUAAAAAACCACCCCUGCUCUAGAAAGCCAUUUUAAAACAAGUUUAGAGGCUUUUUAGCUUUCCUUAAUGCCUUACUUGCCCUGUUCCUUGGUUCAAGCUGCCCAUGCCUAAGCCAGAUGUGUUCCUGCUCAAAGGGCUUUAGGGAGUCUCUGGGAAGUUCUCAUUAAGGUUUUAACACCUUGCCCUUCACAGGCCGUGCUCUGGCCUCUUCCUGCAGCAUCCCAGACGAGGCAGCGAGGUGUCUGAAACUACACAAGAUAGGAUUAAACCCACUGUUAUUUCUGAGACUUAGAGCAGCUGAGAUGGGGGAUGCGACCCUGUAGAAAAGUCAGCAGGGCCACAGCUUUAGAAGCACUCUGCCCUGCAAGUGCAACAGAGGCCCAAUGUCCCCUCAGCAGCCUUUCUUCAAGCGAAAGGUCAGUACAGGUGUGAAUUACAGGCUGUGCCACCCUCAUCCUUGCUCCACAGACUAAAUUCCGCACAUCUAAUUCCACCAUGUGGAAUAGAAAAGGAGACAUGGGGGCUGAUGGCAGCAGCCCUGGUACAUCACCUCCUCCUGCGAGCUCCCCACACACCAAAAGGAGGCACAAACCAAAAAGAGCAGCUCUGUAUAAUGAUAAAAUGUGACUUUUCAAGGAGAGUCCCUGCUGUGCUGAGCUGCGAGAUCAGCAAAACCUUGUGAGGAAGGGCCCGUCAAAAGCUCCUGUACCUUUAUGUACAUCCAUAUCACCCACACAACCCAUUUAGAGACAUGCUGCAAACUUCCUCCAGGAUCUCCAAGUCUCAGUCCUGCCGGGGGCCCUGGAAAAACAAAGCCAUCUCCUCUCACCACGUCCUAAGCAAACCCUCCAAGGUGAGGGCAUGAGGGGCUGGAUCUGCCCCAUGCUUCCCUGC